UCUGAGUUCUGAAAUGCUUCAAAUAUUCCCUUGUUGCUAAAGAGAGUUUAAGGGAGGAAAGACCCAGGAACAAAGUAGUAAUGGGAAUUUAUGCGUUAUCAUGUUCUGUGACCUGUUAAUGUCUUAUAAGUCAUCCAAUGAGGCAAAGAGGCAAAGGUUGAACUGGAGCAGUCCAUUCCAGCCAGCCAAUGUUUUUUGCCUUCGUGAAGCAGUUCAUGCAGGAGACAGCACUGGGAGAAACAGGGAGAGAAGAGGAUCAGCUUAAUUAGAAACAUAUUUCUUCAAUAACUAGCAGCUCACCAUGGAUGUUUCUCACCUGCUCCUCACUUCUGUGCUCUUUCUGCUGCCCUUCAUAGCACAAGUUUCAGCACAGCAACCAGGUAAGUUGUUGCAGGAGGUCUGUGACCACAGGAUAAUAACCCCUGUGGCACCAGCUUGUACCAUUGCAUCUGGCAAAGGAUUUUUACAGUCUUACUUUAAGACAGGUUUGUUCAAGGGCUUUCUUUUCAGUGGUAACCAGUGGGUCUCAUGUCUCACCCAAUUCUGUCACAACAUGAAUACUCGGGCAAAUUUCUACCUCAUUUGUGUGUUUUUCCAGGAUGUUCUGUCCUCUAACAAAAAUCCAAGCGUUGAAGAAAAUAACCCUCCUGGAUACAAUGUGACCACUAUCGAUUUGGAAGCAGGUUUCACUGCAACGGUUGAUCCUUCCUCGCCAGAUGGCAGUUAUUUUACCAUCCAGGGGUCUCAGCUGCAGCUGGUCAAAAGUGUGGACUAUGAGAAUGAUACCGUGCUGAUAGUGAUUGUGGCUUGCCAGAAUGCUGCUGGGCAGAGAGAUACUUUGGACAUUAUUGUGACCAUUAUCAAUCUGAACGAUAACAGCCCAGUGUUUAAGCAAACGAAUCUCACCGUAACUGUUCCUGAGGACACAAAAGUGAAUGCAACCAUUGUAGCCCGUGAAGAUUUAAGUCCUAGUGAUGCUGAUCUGGACAUCAUCUAUUAUGAACUCAAUUCAACAGUGCAGGACACCACCAAUUAUUUUGCCGUAAAAGGAAUCAAUAAUCCUGAAAUAUAUUUGCAAAAAGCAUUAGAUUAUGAUAAAGUUAACUCAACAACAUUGAUCUUGUAUGCAAUGGACAGGCCUGUUGGCAGCAGCGAAACCAUCCACACAGCUACUGCAACAAUAAACAUAAUUAUUGAGCAAGCUGACACCAAACCACCCUGGUUCCUACCCUGUAGCUUCAUUGAUGUGGACAAAAGCAUUUGCAUCAGCAGCCCCUAUUCUGGGAGAGUCAAUAUAUCCGAGAUGUCGACAGAACCACUCACCCUGGAUCCGGGGCCCAUCUAUGCUAAAGAUCCGGACUACACUAUAAAUGAAAAAAUUGUGUACAGUAUUGUUGGUGGGAAUGCAGAUAAUGUAUUCUCAGUGGAUGCAGACACGGGAAAUCUAACGAUGAACAAAAUAGCAACUUCCCCAGACUCAUACCUAUUGCAGGUCAUGGCCACCCAAGUCAACAACAAACAGAAAUACUCUGUAGUCAGCGUGGAGAUUAAGGUCAUCAAUAAAAGUGACUACGCACCAUACUUUGAGUCCAGUAACUACACAGGAAUAGUAUCUGUUGGUGUGGCCCCAAGAAGCCUUGUCUUCCAAGUUGAGGAUCCUUCAAGUCCCCUGAUGAUAAAAGCAGCAGAUGAUGACUUCCCUGAUAAAUUCAACCCAAACAUUGAAUACUACAUAAAAAACAGCACUGAUUUCAUUGCAACCAAAGAUGGACUCAUCUUGACAAAUGUCAAUCUGCUGUCACCAGAGACUGUAAUCAUGGAGGCUGUUGCAAAAGAUACAGUGAGUCUGCAGGAGGCGAGCACCAUCAUCACGGUGGAGAUCAUCUUUGCUGCAGAUAAAAUCACCUCUGAUAAGUUAUACACUGCACAGGAUAUGGGUAUCUUAGGUGGUAUCUUAGCAGCACUGUUGCUGAUUACCUUAGUCUUCCUUGGACUGAUGAUAUACAAACAUUAUGGGAAAACGGUCAGAUUACUGAUAAAUAAAAAGUUCUCCAAGGAUUUCCCUGAGAGCUAUGAGAACCAAGCUUACAAUCAAGAUGAACACCCAGAUCUGAGUGCCAAAGAGCAGGAAAGCUCAGAAAACGGUGGUAUAACUGAGCUACAGCAGCCAUCAUUUUUCUUGACCUCUUCUAAAGAAGAAAUUGAUGGCCUCCCAAAGACAUCCACAGCUUCCACAGUUGUCUUUGACCUGGAAGAGAAAGAGGAAGAGGAAAAAGAAGAGGAAGAGGUGAAAGAAGACACUAAGCAUGAGAAAGAAGUAAAGUCUAUCCUCAAAACAGACAGGAAUGAGGGGGACCAUGGCUACAAAGCCGUGUGGUUUAAGACCGAUGUGGAUCCAGAUGCUGGAGAAAAAGUUGAAGUGAUUAAGGACAAUGCAUCAGAUUAUGAUGAUGACAGUGAUCAAGAUCUGCAGGAGAAUGAGGAGGAAGAAGAUGACAAGGAUGAUCACCACGGAGGGUCAGGGGUAUCUAUUGAUUCAGAAAACUCAUCAUUCCCAGCUGCAGAAGUGAUGAUUAACAUGUCUCGCACAGCGACAGAAAAUGACGUUAAAGUGUAAUGGGAAUAAGUCUGUAUGUUCCCCACUGAAAUGGGGGAAUCUCUGCUGCUUUUCUGAGAUGGAGCCCACCUUUCUGCUUGGGGGUAACUGGGAUGCAGGAGGACACAGUUGCCUCUCCUGCAUGCAGAGAUUAAAGCCAGAAGAGAUUAUAACUAAUUUAACCUCUUAACAAGACCUUGAAACAUCAUGUGGGAUUUUGGAUGGGGAAAACAUGUCCCAUCUCUCCACCCUUCUGCCUGUUUGCCCUGGAGUCCCCUACAUCAUGUUUCCCAAACUGGCUGCAGGAAUAGCAGAGAUAUAGCUACACUGACUUUGAAGCAGUUAGCUCAGCUCAUGGUAGCAAUUUAAUUGCACAAUCCAAUGCUCUCAUCUCCUCUUGGUGGGUAAAUGAGCCAGCACUCACUGCUUGGAUGUUCCCUUUAGGGUGUUGCAGGUUGAUGCCAGCUGCAGGGCGUAAGCCAGCGCAAGUCACUCUGACCCUGCGGUUGCUCAUAUGACUGCAUCCAGGUGCACACGUCAGGGCUUGGCUCUGCUCUCUGCACCCCAGCACAAGCAGCUGGCAUGACAUCAAGGGGACUGGGAGCAGCAGGAGUGCCACGACAGGUCCCCAUUUUGCCAGAAAGCGCGUGUUAAAAUGCUCGGGAGCUGUUGUUUCCUCCAUCACUGAUAAGCAAGGACGGAUCACAUGCUCUUUCCUGAGGACUUUGCCAGGCAUUUUUCUAUGUCACAAGACAAGUAAUUGUGCUGUACCUUGUGGGCCAGAUAAGAGCUUCUGCCAGAACCUGCCUACAAAAUGCCAGGAGUAUUUCCACCUCCCUGGGAUUUUGGCAGCGAUAGAUAUUGUUCUGGGGUGCUGGAUGUAGGUCAGCACAUUGCUUCCCAUUGUGUCCUUUGUCCAGCAGGACUCGAGGUGUCCCUUAUAAAAGGGACUUCAUUGCUGCUGAAGGUGGAGGUCAGCAUUUGCUUCCAAGUGCCUGAUGUCACUGCCUCCUCUGCCCCUCACUUGUGGAUGCAAACCUUUUUGCAUUCCCACCUUUCUCCAUUCAUAAGAAGCCCAGCAGGCUCUUUUACUGGUGAAAUACAAUCUUCAGGCUUCACCGAGAGCUGAGCCUGAAAAAGGAGGUAAUUCGCUGAGAGCAAGUAAUCCCUGCUGUGUGUGGCUUUUGAGCCCAGGUUUGAGCUAGAAAGGCUGCUAGCAUGAUGGACCCCUUCUCCCUCAAUCCUCCCUCAUCUUUCAGCAAUCUUGUCUUCAGCUGUGGUCCUGCCAUCAAUUCAACAAAGAGAGCACUCCAUUGCCUGGUGGCAUGGGGAGUGAUGCUCUGGUCCAGAUUCACACUUCCCAUCUGCAAAUUGCUUCUCCCAGCUGGCAAUCAAAAACUGGGAUGUUUUCCACUGACUGAGAAUAUGGCAGUGUGCAUUUGAAUCUUCUGAUCUAUCAGCACAAAAUUUGUGCUGCUGCUGGUUUUUCCACUUGGGGGCUAGCUCAGGGCAGACACGGGCUGUUGAGCAUUAAACUUCCAGUAAGACAGGGACAAUAAUCCUGGGUCACAAAUAUUUAUCUCACUUGCUCAGGUUAGCACAACUGCACAGAACUGUAACAGUAUAAGUGUCCUUUAAGAGAAGCAACAAUAAUAAGUACUCCUGCCUUUGCCCUACAGGGCAAAUCUUCUCAUUUCUUCCUUUUAUCUAGAUAAACCCUUAAGAGAGUGAAACCAAAAUACAUCUGCUGGGAUUCUCAUGUACACCAAAACACAGGACAAUCACUUCCAAGCAGUCUUUCAUCUUGGUUUAUACUUUGUUUCUGUACAUCUCCCCAUCCCAGUGUUGUUAGUGCUCAUCUCUGUUGUCCUGUCUCUGAGGAGAGCUGGCCUCGUUGUGUGUGGACUUUAGGAGUUGCACUUUUGCUGAAGGUGGAGACUGAGAUAUGGAAAGCUUUUGUCCUUAUUGCAAUAAAGCUAUUUGCCCAGAAAUUACAGCUGUGGUUUGACUGAUAGCGGAGGGUGGGGAGUGUGCCCUGUGUUUCCUUUGUAAGCGUGGUACCUCCAGUAGCUUAGGGUUAUGUCCAGCAGAAUUUUCCCAUGGGACUGUGAGAACUCUCCAGCAUUUGCUAGUUGCUAGCCCACCACCUUCAGCCAUCAGCAAGGGUAGAGCCAAGCCUGCCCUCCGUGCUGAUGCUACCCAUGGGAAGAUUGCUGAUGGGUGGGUGAAGCUGGAAUGUUU